UGUAAUUGUUUUGUUUUUCUUCCCUUAUUUAUUUUAUUAUAGUGAUUUACUCAAGAAAAAAUGUCCUAACUUGGAAAAUAUAGGGAUUCAAAAUUUAACAGUAAAAUUAUAUCAAAUUCACAAAUAUGGGUAACUUUGCACAUGUUGGAUUACCCUUUAAAAUAGAUAUUAUCUCAAUUUACGACAUAAUGUAAGUAUGAUUAAGAAACUGUUUAUUUUUAUAUAUUCCAGUGUGGAGUUGGCGGUUAAAUGGAGACUCAUGACUAUAGUUGGGUGAGAGCGAAAUGUAAGCUACGACUCCAAUCUUCGGGGUAUAUCGGAGAAAAUCGCGAAACCGCAUGCACCCACUUACCACUCAAUGAAUUCACAUUUUAGACACAGAAGGCAAUCUAGGAACCGCAACGAAGUUAUACCAGCCCGUUUGCUAUUAGAGUUUCUGGCGGAUGUAAAAAUUUCAAUCGUAGAAAGAUUAUUAGGAGAAGAGCCACCAAACCAAGAAACGAGCAAUCAACUUCGUACUGAAUAUGGGAAUGUGGAAAGUAAACUAAAUCGCAUAUUUUCACCGCCUCAAGAUUUUGGGAAUACAAGGAAUACAGAAAAUUUAGAUAAUUCUUUUAAUUCGCGCAACACAGAGAGAAGGCUCCAUGCAGAAAUUCAUCAAAGAAAUAGAGAAACUGGGCAUCGACGUAGACCUAUACAUGUAAGUCCGGAGAGUAGGCGGAAUCCCCCAUUUCCGCCCCCUGAAAAUCCAGGUAUAAACCAAAAUUUCAACUUUCGCAACGAACAUAGAAAGUCACAUCCCGGAAUUCGUCGUAGAAUUGAAGAACCAACUCAUAACCAGAUUCGAACUACCCAUGGAAAUCUUGAAAAUAAACGUAAUAAUCUGUUAUCGUCUCCGGAAAAUUUGGAUAAUUUACGCAAUCAUUUUAACAGGGAGAGAAGACCUCACCAUAAAAUUCCCCCCAAAAAUCAUGAACCUAGUCCACCGUACAGGCCCGAUGACAAUCGACAACCAUUUUCCCUUGAUACUACCUCGGGAAAUCUGUUAGAUAUUAAGAAAUUACUUAAAGGCUUAUCUAUCAACGAUUUGUUAAAACUUAUACGGGACUAUUCGUCGAAAGUUUAUCAAUCAAAGAUUGGUGAUACGCAAAAUAAUAACAUUAAAAAAUUGACCAAAGAGGAUGUGAUUAGGCAAAGUUGUGUAGAUGUUGAUUGGUCAAAGAAAUUUGAUCAAAAGUCGAUUGAUAAUUUGAAUUCCAUCGAUUAUCCGACCAUUAAAAAUUCGCUUUUAUAUUUUUAUAAAAUUGCCCAUCAUUUUAUAGAAGAUACUCUGUAUUAUUUGUCGCUAAAACGAGGGAAAGGCAAGGAUAGUUUCCAAACUCAGGAUGUGAUAUUAGACAUAUCGUUCAUGAGAAAAUUAUUGGCCGAAUACGAAAACGAGCAAAGGUUUAAUAGCCACAAUCCACUCAAUCGCGCUAUUUGGGAAUACUUAUUGCAUUUAGAUGACAUGAUAGAAUAUAAAAGGUCAUCUUGUAAUUAUGAAUUUAGUGAUGGUCAGUCGCGUUUUCCCUCUAAAUUUGAAGGUGGCACUUCACAACCUAAAAACGUUCUACAUCAUAUUCAAAUUAGGGAUCACGAUAAUGAUAACAAGUAUCAUACUAUUGCUCCAAGGAAUCAUUUUCAAGAAGCGAUAAAUUCUUUGCAUCGUCUAAGUAGAAGUAUAGAAUGCAUAAUAAGCAUAAUCGAAAAAUGUUACGAGAAAUAUUUUCAGAGCAAGGCUAAUGACAUAAAUAAUCCGAGAGGUUACAACCUUUUAAUAUCAAUAAAACAAAAUAAUGAAUAUUUAUUAACGAGUUUUGAAUACAUAACAACUUUGAUCAAUAAUCAUAGAUGCAAUCGGGAAGGUAAAAGGUUUCACUCUCUCCACGACCCUCAUAAGAAAGAGCAUUAUCAUCAUCAAUCUCGACAACAGGGGUUGCUGACGCGAGAUGAAACUAUUUUUUAUGAACAAUUGAAAACUAUGCUGACUGUUGUCAAGCGAAUUCAAAUAAGUUUGAAUGAGAACGGGCAUUCCAUUGAAUCAACUUGUCACGACUAUUUUCAACAUAUUGGUAGACAGUUACCUCACAAAGAACGGAAUAAGCUUCAAAUAGAUGAUAAUUAUCACGACGAAGCUCACCAAGUUAUAAAUGCUAUAAACGACAUUUUGCAUUUAGAAAAAGACAAAGGCUCCCAAAAAUACGGCCAACUCACUCAUUUAUUGAAUCAACCCAUUUCAACCUUACUUGAUGAUAAAUCGAAAAGUAGUAGGAAUAGAUAUUCCGAUAUACCUCGCGAAAGGGUUAGAGAUGCUAAGAGCGAAGUAAAAGACAAAGAUAUAAAAAUCAAAAUAAUUGGCAUUCCCCUCCUCAGAAAAAUACGAUUUAAAGAGAGAAGACACCACGAGAAAAAUAUUCGACAAGAAAUAAAACUUGUAGUAAAAACGCCUAUGCCAAAGCAUAUAAAACGUAUUGUAGAAGCACCUAAGCCAAAGCAUGUAAAAAAUAUUGUAGAAGCACCUAAGCCAAAACAUAUAAAACGAAUUGUAGAAGCACCUAAGUUAAAGCAUAUAAAACAUAUCGUAGAAGCCCCUAAGCCAAUAAGACCUAUCAUAACAAAAAUAAGACCACAAAAGAAAAAAGUAAGUUAUAGUCGUCCAAAACAACAAGAUUUUCCUUCAAAAUUAUAUUAUCCUAUGAACUAUUAUCAUGAUAAUUUUGAUGAAUGGUUCGAUUAUUUUCCUAUUGGAUUGAAAAAAAGAGACUUAAGGGGUCUGAAUAAUCAAACUUUUUCACCCCAGACAUUUCAACGAAGAAUGCCGGAUGACCCUAGAAGUGCCGGCUUUGCUCAGACAUUGAUUUCUAUUUAUAAUGAGAUUCCAAAAAGUAUAAAAUACAACGCAUCGAGACAAGUAAAUUAAAACAUUUUUAUUAUAGAUCGCCCAUACAUUAUCGGCAAUAUGGUGCAUAUUCAGACUAUAUUUGUAAUAUUUUAUUAAUUUGUUUGGAAAUUUAUCUAUGUAUUUAACACGUGUUGGAAUACACUUCCGGCUCAAAUAAGAUUUUUCAAAAUUAAAAAAAAAGUAAAGUAGAUGAUUUACACUUAAAAAUAGCCAAAAUCAUUUAUCGAGUGUGUUUUUAAAUUUGAAAAUCUAAUUUUUAUAUAAAGUAUUUUAGUAUGCCUAAAAUAGGUAUCCAAUAAAAUUUCAGAACAUUUGAACAUAAACU